CACAGAUUGCUUGCGCCCGUGCAUCCUGCACGCCAGAACACGGGAUUCUGUCUCGUGGCUGUAAGACAUUGCGUGUCUGAAGAUUCCAUGUGUAAGCCUCGACGAUGCACACACCUUAGCUAAGCAUUUGUGCCAAGACGUCACCAUCUUGAGCCGGCCCCCCCGGGUGCUAUGAAAACCGUUGCCGAGGUUUUGAAGCCAUGUUCUGCUUCGUUCACCCCGGCACUCCUUCCCGUAAGAGCUGAUUGCUGGUCACGUCGGUACAAGCUUGUGCCGUUGGCACUGACAUCGAAGCUCAGUCUCACCAGAGUUACUGCAACCCUAGCCUCCCGGGAUCCACCCUCUCCGUGUGUCCGCUCGCCUGCGACAUCGACGCGAGCAAGGUGGAUCCGUCCAAAGCAAUUCCCGCCAGCCGUCGUGCGGUGCCUGGCAGACAGGUUGCGAAACCCGGAUUUCGGUGACAUAAAACCCGUCUUGUCUUCCUCGCCCGAGGCCGCCUCUUCGCCAUGUCCUCCCGUUUACUCUCGGCCACGCGACGCCAUACUUCCACCCUCCGCCUUGUCUCUACCCCUAGGUCUAGGCACUGUAUCCCAACACCACCGUCUCGUGCUAUCUCGACUACCACAGAUUCGGCCAGUGCUUCCGUUGCAGCCGAUAAACCGCCGUUUUUCCGUCGAACCGCCUCCGUCACCGGCCGCAUCCUCCUCUUCACCGCUCUCGGCUUCAUCAUGGCCGCUGCGCCCGCGUACGAGUCCGCUAGGACAAUCCUUUCGCCACCAGAUGAUGCUGCCAGCCUCACCAUGUACGCUCCCGAAGAUGACGAUGCCAAGGCCAAGGAAGACUACAUCAACUCACACCCCCUGGUCGCCUCCCUUCGCGCCGACCCUGAUAUGAUUGAGUCUCGCCCGCAUAUGAAAAUACCCGAGACCUGGAGGAAGCACAACUUGACAGGCGGCACACUCAUGGGACCAGGGAAAGUGACAGUUCCUCCUUUUAGUUGGUCAGAACGAAGCGGCAAGAGCUAUGUUCAAAUAUCGCACGUGGGAACCGACUUGUGCGGCCAUGAAGGCAUCAUCCACGGCGGAUUCCUCGCCACGAUGUUGGACGAGGGGCUGGCGCGGUGCUCUUUUCCUGUGCUGCCUUUUAACGUGGGCAUGACAGCCAAGCUUGAGAUCAAUUACAAGGCACCCGCCAUGGCCAAUCAGUAUCUGGUGCUCCGGGCGACGACAGUCAAGGCAGAGGGGAGGAAAGCGUGGGUUGAGGGCCAUAUCGAGACUUUGCCUACCGAGGAGGGCCAGCAGCCAACAGUACUGGCCACGGCGAGCGCUCUUUUCAUUUCUCCUAGACAGGCAUCGGUAUGGACAUUUCUGAAUGCAGACCCUCAGGCCGAUUCAAGACACGUUCUGCUGACAAACUUGGCGCUUACAGACCAUGGCAAAGAUUUACCCAGUAACAUGAAACAGCGCACGCAAGCUCGUGGUGAGUGGGGGACUGGGAGAUGA